AAGUUUUUUGAAAAACGUUUUCGGUGUGAGGUGUAAAUUGACUAACAUGGACUAACACGUCUUUCAUUUUUGCGAACAUUUGUAGCAUGUAUUUACUAACCAUUAACUUAUGAAAAAGAAAAAUGAAAUGUGUGCUUUUGCGAAACACGGGAGUUUUUUAUUUUAGUUGAAUUCAUAUCCCUUUUUAUUUCACUUAAUAAUGGAAAUCGCUCUUCAGUUGGCAAAAGAUGGUUUAGAAGCUAGAGAAGUUCCUGUAGGUUGUGUCAUGAUUUAUGAGAAGAAAGUCAUUGCUUCUUCCAGGAACAAUACAAACGAAAGUAAAAGUGCAAUUCGUCAUGCUGAAAUCAACUGCAUUGAUCAAGUUAUAAAUUGGUGUACAGCCAAUGAUAAAAGACUGGAUGAAGUGUUCAGAAAUACAGAGGUUUUUGUGACUGUUGAGCCAUGCAUAAUGUGCUGUGCUGCAUUACGAAGCCUUAGUAUACUUCGAGUAUCGUAUGGCUGUGCAAAUGAUAGAUUUGGUGGUUGUGGAACUGUCCUUAGUGUUCAUGAUGAUGCUGUGUUCUUUAAAGGUGAUAAGUUACAAAUUACAUCUGGUGUAAAGGCAGAUGAUGCAGUGGAACUAUUAAAGAAUUUCUAUAGAGGAGAAAAUCCAAAUGCGCCAUUUCCAAAAGUGAAGAAAGGAUGAUUUAGAAGAAGUGUGGCUCUGUAUAGGCGCAGCACAAUGACCCGAGGUUUAUUGUAUUCAAGAAAGGAGAGUCAAUAAGUUUUGCUGUUGAAAGAAUUAAAAUUGAUUUUAGUCAACAUCAUUUUUAACAAAACAGAUUCAUUGUUACACAUGUCUUUCAUAUUCUUCUAUUUAAAUAAAAUGUGAUUAUGAUUAUUCUUCUUGCAUUGUUCAUAAAAAAUGUGUGCUUAGGUUUUCGUUUAUAAAUAUCAUCUCUUAAAACUAUUGCACUUACGAUUCCUUUUUUAUAGCAUUUCAAACUUAUAUGUAUUGUUUUGGUGCUAAGAACGCAAUUUGUUUUUUAAAUGUUUCUCUGUUGGUCUGAAAGGAAAUGCUUAAAUUUUAAAGAAACUCUGUGUUCAAAUUUACAUUUUAUAUAUUUUUGCCAAACAACCACCAUAAGAGGUUCAUCGGUUUCUAAUAGUUUCGGUAAGUCUUAUGCAUCUCAAAUUCAUUAUGAAGCUAUAAGAAAACUGACAUUAAAAGUUUAAAAAUGACUAUUGUAAGU